UGUGUGUAGAGGAGGGUGGCGGUUUAUUCCCCCCUUUCCAAGUGGGCAGGAGUGUCCAUAAUCAUUAUUUUUAUUCUUUCUUCCUUCCCUUCCCCCUCCUUUCCGCCCCCCCCCCCCGCGGGCUUGUGCGCUUCUGUCGAUCGGCCUGCGGCAAGAACUUCGAAGGGGCAGCCGCGCGUUCCGGCUCGGAGAAGCGGCGAUCGGAGCUGCGCGAAAAAGUCAGGAGUGCCGCUCGGGCGCGUAGGAGUCCCACCCGCUUUGGCCGCUUUUCUUAACUUGCCCAGCCGCGAGCCGAGCGCGUCUAUGGAUUGGGAGAGGAGAGAUCGGCUCAACUCCUGAAUUCCAAGUCCCGAAUUCCGGAAGGCGCGGCACUUCGAUCGGGGCCACAGGAGCUCUCGCCUUCCUUCGGGCGAAGGAAGCGGGAAGGACGGCGGUGGUGGGACGUCGUUCCCAGGACAGCUGUGUGGCUAAGACGUCUGCUUGGAUUUUGGAUCCCCAUCUCUCUGCACCAUGCCCCUGGUUGGUUUUUUGCUCUGGGCCAUCCUUCUCAUUGUGGGCUGGUGGCCCUCAUACUCCAAGGAUUACCUCUUUGCUACUCCAAGGGUGCAGCUCACUUUCAAAGAGCUCAAGGCCACUGGAACGGCCCACUUCUUCAAUUUCCUUCUCAACUCAACAGACUAUCGAAUCCUGCUGAAGGAUGAAGAUCAUGACCGAAUGUACGUGGGGAGCAAAGACUACAUCCUUUCACUAGACCUCCAUGAUAUCAAUCGGGAGCCCCUGAUUAUCCACUGGCCUGCAUCCCAGCAAAGGAUAGAUGAAUGUGUCCUGUCAGGGAAGAACAAUAAUGGUGAGUGUGGGAACUUCAUCCGACUUAUCCAGCCCUGGAAUCGAACACAUUUGUAUGUCUGUGGCACUGGCGCAUAUAAUCCUGUCUGCACCUUUGUCAACCGGGGCCGCAAAGCACAGGCUUUUGAGCUGAACCAGUCCAUCCAGCAGGGAGGACGGGGAAGUAGAGCAGUUGACUCCUCCCUCCGCCCGUCUCCAGUGGAACGCAAGGAUUAUAUAUUCUACUUAGAGCCAGAGAAGCUGGAGUCAGGCAAAGGGAAAUGCUCAUAUGACCCGAAGGUGGACACAGUAUCAGCAUUAAUAAAUGAAGAACUCUAUGCUGGUGUCUACAUUGACUUCAUGGGCACAGACGCAGCCAUCUUCCGCACUAUGGGCAAGCAGACUGCCAUGAGAACUGACCAGUACAACUCCCGUUGGCUCAAUGAUCCAGCAUUUGUCCAUGCAAAGCUCAUCCCAGACAGCGCUGAGAAAAAUGAUGACAAGCUAUACUUUUUCUUCCGAGAAAAAUCCACUGAUUCUCCACAGAGCCCAGUUGUUUACUCCCGCAUUGGACGCAUUUGCUUGAAUGAUGAUGGAGGCCAUUGCUGCUUAGUAAAUAAAUGGAGCACAUUCCUCAAGGCACGACUCAUCUGUUCUGUGCCAGGGCCUGAUGGAAUUGAAACACACUUCGAUGAACUCCAGGAUGUCUUCAUCCAGCAGACCCAGGAUGUGAAGAACCCCAUCAUUUAUGCUGUUUUUGCAGCCUCGGGGUCUGUGUUUAAGGGUUCUGCUGUGUGUGUCUACUCCAUGGCUGACAUCCGCAUGGUCUUCAAUGGACCGUUUGCCCACAAGGAAGGUCCCAACUAUCAGUGGAUGCCUUACACUGGCAAAAUGCCUUAUCCCCGUCCAGGCACCUGCCCAGGGGGGACAUUUACACCCUCAAUGAAAUCAACCAAGGACUAUCCUGAUGAGGUGAUCAACUUCAUGCGCACUCAUCCAAUGAUGUACAAUGGUGUCUACCCCAUACACCGCCAACCUCUUGUGGUGAGAACCAACGUCAAGUACAAGUUCACAACUAUAGCUGUGGACCAGGUGGAUGCAGCUGAUGGACGCUAUGAGGUGCUUUUCCUGGGCACAGAUUGGGGUACUGUCCAGAAAGUUAUAGUUUUGCCCAAAGAUGAUUUGGAAACAGAAGAACUGAUGCUAGAAGAGGUGGAGGUGUUCAAGGUUCCAGCCCCAAUCAAGACUAUGACCAUCUCUUCCAAAAGGCAACAGCUCUAUGUAUCCUCAGCCAUUGGGCUAACACACCUGGCCCUUCACCGCUGUGAUGUGUACGGAGAAGCCUGUGCUGACUGCUGCUUGGCCAGGGAUCCCUACUGUGCCUGGGAUGGCAAAUCCUGUUCCCGCUAUUCUGCUUCUUCCAAGAGGCGUAGCAGACGACAAGAUGUCCGGCACGGCAACCCUAUCCGUCAGUGCAGGGGUUACAAUUCCAAUGCCAGCAAGAACUCAGUAGAGGCUGUUCAAUAUGGAGUGGAGGGAAGCACAGCCUUUCUCGAGUGCCAGCCUCGCUCCCCUCAAGCCACCAUCAAAUGGCUCCUCCAGAGAGACAACAGUGACCGAAGGAAAGAGCUCCGCACUGAAGGACGGGUGCUGAGGACAGAGCAGGGGUUGUUGUUGCGGUCCCUGCAGCUCUCAGAUGGGGGCCUGUAUUCCUGCACAGCCACAGAGAACAACUUCAAGCACACCGUGGCCAAAGUGCAACUGCAUGUACUGAGCAGUGAAACUGUCCAUGCUGUGCUCUUCCAGUCAGAAGCCCCCGUCCCGUCUGCAGCAGCCAUGAGAGCUGGCCUGCCUGGCACAUUCAGCUCUCAGUACCGUGACCUCGUCCAGCUGCUCACACAGCCCGAGAUGGGACUCAUCAAUCAGUAUUGCCAGGGAUACUGGCGGCAUGUGGCCUCCAGUCACAAGGAGACUUUGGCUGGUCUCAAAGCCAAGGAGCUGCAGGACCAGAAGAAGCCACGGAACCGCCGGAAUCACCAGCCAGAGAUGGAUCAGCACACAUGAAAGUGGCAGCUGAAAGGGACUAUGUGAUGACAGUUCUAUAUUUUCCCCAUUUUCAUAUAUAUAUAUAUAUAUAUAUAUAUAUAUAUAUAUAUAUAUAUAUAUAUGAAAUCUCGCACCGUCACACUGUUCCCUAUCAAGACAGUAUUUAUUUGUAGGUUGUACAUAAUCCAUGGGUCUCGCCGGGUGUGAGACGGCAAAGAACUUGGAGGUGUCCCCAUGGCAGCUGGCUCUUCCUCCCCACUUUUAUCUGUGGUACUGUAAAAGAACUGACAUCUUGGAGGGGAGGGGACAAGAGCCAAAGCAACUGUUCACCUCUCAACUCAAGAGUGCACAGCUGACCCCAGCCAGGGAAGGAGAGUUGCAAGGAUGUCCAACAGCAAAGUUACUGUUUCCUUAGCUCCCUUUCUCCAUUAUGGUCUUAGCACAGUGGGGCACAAUGCCCUAUGGAUCCAGAAUGGUGGGUAAGUCUGGCCCAUCCUCAGCAAAUUUGAGAUGUUACUGUUACUGUCACUGAAAUCAUUCCUUUUUGGGUGCUUUUUUUAAAGGCAGCUGUCAGGCACCAAGCAUUCCCCCAGUCCUACUCCCCUUGCCAGUACACACCCAGAGGUGUAUAUAAGCCCCUACCACACCUCCAAAGCACUUUCUUCCCCUUCUAGACAUCUCUCUGCCUCAAAGCACAUAUUGAUGGGACACUCUCCAGGGAAACUUGCUAUGGAGACUGAAGCUCUUAGGGAGCCCAAGCUAUCUGAGGAAGAAGGAAGUGCUCCACCAAGGAUAUCUAUGCAUGGCCCAUGUGGUGCUUUUCCUGCUACUGAAAACAAGCCAAUUCCACUAGGAGUUCAAAAAUGACUUUCUGUUUUGACAGUGCUUCAACUGGUGUGCCUUCCCAGGAUGAAUGGGAUUUGGCCUCUGAGGGCAGAGGCACCUGGUUUGGUUAAGAAGUUUACCAUUGAUGGACACAAGGGCCACAUCCAAAUGAGUUAUGCCAGGGAGAUAUAAUGUACAUAUGAACCAAAGCUACUCUCCUAGAGUGCAUGCAUCAGGCAUUUCCAAGACCAAAGACAGCAUGGCGGUGGAAGUAGCAGAGAGGAUAAAGCAUUGGUGCAUGGCCAUCAGGAUAUCUGGCUUCUGUUUUGCUAACCCAUGGAGGAAUUGGUGCCUUGGUUUCCCAACCUAGUUAUAUAUACUGUACAAUACUGUAUUUGUAUCAGUUUGCCCGUAGGGAGUCCAAAGCCUCAGUAUGAUACUACCAUCCCAUCCAGCAAAGCAAUAGAAACCAAGGAGAAGUGUUACAGUCCGACCAAAUAGUCACAGAAGAGUUCUAUAGCAUCACGGUUACUGAGCAGGCCGCCCGGCCAAUAUAAGAAGAAGACAGGCUGGUGAGAGCCUGGAAGGAGAGAGGAGAUUCAGGGAGAUCUGUUUGCCUUUCUCUUAAUUAUAAUAUGAGUUUAUGAAAAACAGGCUAAGGAUUAAUAAGCAUUCAUUGCAUGGAAUCAUUGCCUCCCCACAACCUUACUGCUUUCUCUUGUCUUCAGAAAUGAAGCCAACUUUGCUUGACUCUCAAUCUUCUUUUAAAUUAUAGUAAUUAAGGAAACAGUGCCAUGGAACAUGAGCAGAUUGCAUGUUUCUCACCAUCAAAUAAACAUAUUCAAAGAGGGAGGAGGGUUCCUGGGUGAAAAAGUGAAUGUGCCAAGUUUAGGUUACAUUUUAAUAACUCUCUUGAAUGUCUUCCCACUUUCCUCAUUUUCCCCCUUGCUAUAGUGUUUCUUGAAUGUCUGGAUGUACUUGCCCCCUUGGAAAACAAUUGGGUUCUCUUGGCUCUUGGACUCCUAGCUUUAUUGGUGUAGGCAUGAUUUUUACCUUCUAUAACUCCAUCGGGGAAUGAAUGAAAAAGCAAUCCAGAUGACAUCUACCUGCAGAGUUACAGUGUUCUGCAUAUCCUGAGCUUCCGAUUGCAAUGAGCUGUGCACUGAUGCACGGAAAACAAAUGCUUUCCUAUGGCUAUGGACCUCAUUAAUAUGGGGCUAGUUACACAACGCUGCAGGGACUACCAUUACUGAGCAUAGUAUGUAUAGAAAAAUAUCUUGCACAGAGCUAUCACAUUUACCCUAAAUGUGUGGCUGAAGUAAGUUAGGAUGAUGGAAACUAUGUUGUUUCUGCUUCUGUCUGCACAGCAAGGAAGUGUCUCCACAGCAGAGCUGAAGACUGCAGAAAUCUGCAGUAUCUGUGAUUUCCACCACCCUCCCCCCCACAGCCCCAGAGCUGUAUACCACCUGCUGUUAACAAAGAGAGCUCACCUUUCAUGUUUGGAAACACAGGACCUUCUUCAUCCACCCUCUCCCUUAAAAGCAGGCCCCUUCCUCUGCCAGUCUGAGUGAUGUGAGUAUACUUUCUCUUGUAAAUAGCUAUAAAUCAAAAAUGUAACAAAAUCCUGAGAUAUGGGGCAUCUGAGCAGUAGCUCCUCAUGAAGAAGUCAGGCGCAAAGCCACAUUGCGCUUGGAAUGUGAGAUUCCUGUGGAUAGAACAAGCUAAUAAACACUGGCUUUGUUUUUGGAAA